GAAGGACCCAAUGGAGCUGUGGGAGGCGGGACCCGCGGGGCACUGGGAGCCUAUCGGGGCGCGGAGUCUUGGCCAGACCUCAGGGGUUUAGCAGCCACGUGAGUUCUCCGUGGUGGCAGCUACGCUCACGGUGGGCAGCAUGUCGGCGGCAGCGGCGGCUCGAAAGCGGGGAAGGUCGGCAUCCGGGCCCGGGGCCGGUGCAGGGUCCGGCAAGCGGCGGCGAAAGGCCGACUCUGCCGGGGACCGGGGCAAGUCCAAGGGAGGCGGCAAGAUGAAUGAGGAGAUCUCCAGCGACUCUGAAAGUGAGAGCCUGCCUCCCAGGAGGACUGAGGAGGAGGAGGAGGAGGAACAGGAGGAGACAGCCCAGGAGAAGAAGCUGCGCUUGGCCAAGCUCUACCUGGAGCAGCUCAGGCAGCAAGAGGAGGAGAAGGCUGAGGCUCGGGCGUUUGAGGAGGACCAGGUGGCCGGACGCCUGAAGGAGGACGUGCUGGAGCAGCGGGGCAGGCUGCAGAAGUCGGUGGCAAAGGAGAUCCAGGCCCCAGCCCCGGCCGACAUCCGAGUCUUACGGGGGCACCAGCUCUCCAUCACAUGCGUGGUCAUCACCCCUGAUGACGCGGCCAUCUUCUCUGCUGCCAAAGACUGCAGCAUUAUCAAGUGGAGUGUGGAGAGUGGACGGAAGCUUCAUGUGAUCCCACGGGCCAAGAAGGGUGCCGAGGGGCAGCCCCCCGGCCACAGCAGCCCCAUCCUCUGCAUGGCCAUCUCCUCCGACGGCAAGUACCUUGCCUCAGGUGACCGCGGCAAGCUCAUUCUCGUCUGGGAGGCCCAGAGCUGCUGGUACCUGUACACGUUCACGGGGCACCGGGACGCUGUGUCGGGCCUGGCUUUCCGCAGAGGCACCCACCAGCUCUACAGCACGUCCCACGACCGCUCCGUGAAGGUGUGGAACGUGGCGGAGAACUCCUACGUGGAGACGCUCUUUGGGCACCAGGAUGCCGUGGCUGCGCUGGACGCCCUGAGCCGGGAGUGCUGCGUGACGGCCGGGGGCCGGGACGGCACAGUGCGCGUGUGGAAGAUCCCCGAGGAGUCCCAGCUUGUCUUCUACGGCCACCAGGGCUCCAUCGACAGCAUCCAGCUUAUCAACGAGGAGCACAUGGUGUCGGGCGCCGAUGAUGGCUCCGUGGCCUUGUGGGGCCUCUCCAAGAAGCGGCCGCUUGCCCUGCAGCGUGAGGCCCAUGGGCUGCGAGGGGAGCCGGGCCUGGAGCAGCCCUUCUGGGUGUCGUCGGUGGCGGCCCUACUCAACACAGACCUUGUGGCCACAGGCUCCCACAGCUCCUGUGUGCGGCUCUGGCAGUGUGGGGAGGGCUUCCGGCGGCUUGAUCCUCUCUGUGACAUUCCCCUGGUGGGCUUUAUCAAUAGCCUCAAGUUCUCCAGCUCCGGGGAUUUCCUGGUGGCUGGGGUGGGGCAGGAGCACAGGCUCGGCCGCUGGUGGCGCAUCAAAGAGGCUCGGAACUCCAUCUGCAUCAUCCCGCUCCACAGGACCUCCAGGCCCGCCACUGCUGGCUCCUGACUCUUCUCCCCUUUAUUUAAGUCCUUCCCAGACCAGGCCCUGCCCUCUUUGUAUUAAAAGCCUCCUUCUUUGGG